AUGCUCGUUCAGUUGCUUUUCGUCGCUCUUCUUUCUAAUCACAUCAUCGCCCAGACAUGUACUCCUGAAGGAAGCUUCGGACCAUGCGCGAAUGGACAAUGCGCUCCUGGAUUUACUUGCCUAUUGGAUCUAGACGAAUGUUGCUCUGACGAUGCCAUUAUCACUACAGUAGCUACAGUAGCAUCAGAUGCAACGACGGUAACAACAGUAGCUGGUGAAACUGGAGCAACUGUAAGUACAGUCUCCUCAGCAGCUGGUACGGUAACUUCAUCUUCAACAGUUUCAGCGUCAACAUGUGUUGACAAACUUAACCCAAAGACGGGAGUAUCUGACUGCCCACAACGUGCCAGUCUAUGUAACGAUGCCACAUACUAUGCAGUUAUGACCGAUCAAUGUCCAAAGACUUGUGGUAGAUGCUCUGGUUCAGGAUCAGGCUCUACCAACUCGACUUGUGUGGACAAAAUCAACCCGUCAACUGGUGUAUCGGACUGUCCAGCGUUGUCAUAUCUCUGCAAUAACGCUGACUACACAGCCCUUAUGACCGAUCAGUGCCCACUGACGUGCAAUCGCUGUUCAAGCACCAACUCAACGACAUCACCCUCCACCAACUCAACAACUUGCGUUGAUCUGACGAACCCAACUACCGGAGUAUCCGACUGCCCACAACGCACAGCUUUAUGUACUGACAGCAACUACAUUUCUUUGAUGAGGACGCAAUGCCCGAAAACGUGCGGUUUCUGUAGCUCCGCUAGUACAGGUAGUGGCACAGCAGCCACUUCCGCAACCGGCACCGCCUCCACAGCCUCCACCGGCUGCGUUGAUGCUAUCAACCCUCGCACUGGAACGUCCGACUGCCCUCAGCGUGCAUCACUCUGCACUGAUAGCAACUACCGAGAAUUGAUGUCAACACAAUGCCGGAAAACGUGCGGUCUAUGCUAG